CUCGACCGGUCGCGUCUGCGCUAACCCAAAUUACCGACGGCCAGCUUGCCUGUGACUCUUGCGUUCAAUCUAUGCAUAUAGACCCGCAUGGAUAUAGCAUAGAGGGAGAGUGUUCGCAGCUGUAAUGGCUAUGGCAGGUCCAUCGCUGAUGGAUUCCCUCUUUCAGCGAUCAUUAGCUGACUUAAUUAAGGGCAUCCGGCUCUUCAGCGGUGGAGAGGGUGAAUUGGGUUUUAUCACCAAGUCCGUCGACGAGAUCCGCCGCGAGAUCAAGUCUACGGAUCUUCAGACGAAGGCGACGGCGCUUCAGAAACUGACCUACCUCCAUUCCCUCCAUGGCGUCAACAUGUCCUGGGCGGCUUUCCACGCCAUCGAGCUUUCUGCUCAAUCCUUUUUCUACAAGCGCAUCGCGUACCUUGCCGCCACGCUCUCCUUCGACCCGUCCACCACUGACGUCAUCCUUCUGCUCACCCAUCAGCUCCGCAAGGACCUCUCGUCGUCUAAUCAUCAUGAGGUCAGUCUUGCCCUCCACGCUCUCUCUUCCAUCUCCACUCUUGACUUGGCCCGUGAUUUGACUCCUGAAGUGUUCUCUUUACUCAGUAGUAACAACUAUAUCAUAAAAAAGAAAGCAAUUGCGACUGUAUUGAGAAUAUUCGAUCUUUACCCUGAUUCUGUCAGAGUCUAUUUCAAGAGAUUGGUUGAUAACAUGGAGUGUUCUGAACCUGGUGUUGUGUCCGCCAUUGUGGGUGUUCUCUGUGAACUAGCCACUAAAGACCAUAGAUUGUAUUUACCCUUGGCUCCCGAGUUUUAUAAGAUUUUAGUGGACCCAAUAAACAAUUGGUUAUUGAUUAAGGUUUUGAAGAUUUUUGCGAAGUUGGCACCCUUGGAGCCAAGGCUGGCCAAGAGGCUGGUGGAUCCAAUUUGUGGGCAUUUGAGAAGGACAAAGGCAAAGUCGUUGGUUUUUGAGUGUAUUAGGACUAUAAUGAGCAGUCUGAAUGAGUUUGAAUGUGCUGUGAAUCUUUCCAUUGAGAAGUUAGCUGAUUUCAUGACUGAUGAUGAUCCAAAUCUAAAGUAUCUUGGGCUACAAGCACUUGCAACUCUUGUUCCUCAACACUUAUGGGCAGUUUCGGAGAACAAGGAGUUUGUGAUCAAAUCUCUGAAUGAUAUUGAUGUGAAUAUUAAGCUUGAGGCUUUAAGGCUUGUGAUGACAAUGGUGUCUCAGGAUAAUGUAGUAGAAAUUUGUAGGGUUCUAAUAAAUUAUGCUCUCAAAUCAGAUCCAGAAUUUUGUAAUGAGAUUCUUGGGUCCAUCUUAUCUAUGUGUUCAAGAAAUAUCUAUGAGAUAAUUCUUGAUUUUGACUGGUAUGUAUCACUUCUUGGAGAAAUGGCAAGACUUCCACAUUGUCACAAGGGGGGAGAAAUUGAGAACCAACUUGUAGAUAUUAGUAUGAGGGUGAGAGAUUCUAGACCACAACUUGUUCGGGUUGGCCGUGAUCUGUUGAUUGAUCCUGCUUUGCUUGGAAACCAUUUUGUACACCAUAUAUUAUCUGCUGCUGCUUGGGUGUCGGGAGAGUAUAUUCAGUUCUCGAAAAAUCCACAUGAACUUCUUGAGGCAUUGCUACAACCACGAACUAGUCUCUUGGCGCCUUCAAUAAGAGCUGUGUAUAUCCAGUCUAUACUCAAGGUGUUGAGCUUUUGUACUGGUCGCUAUCUCUGCUCAGAUCAGACUAGUACUGCUGGAGUAACACAUUCAACCCUAAAUAAGGCAGAAUACUGUGAUUUACGUAUUAGCGCCUCACCAACUGGCAGUGAAACAGAUGAUGGAAUCAAUCCAGGGACUUCACAUCAGCCUGCUGGCGAUAUGUUUAUGGUAAAUUCUAUUGGUCAUGAACAGAUGACAUUUACAGAGAUAUUGAAAGCAGGCUCAUUUGCAGAAAAAUCUAUUAUAAACCUUCUCAAUCUUGUAGAAGAAGGUUUGUGUCCAUUGGUAGGAAGUCAUGAGGUGGAUAUACAGGAGAGCGCAAGGAAUGUUAUAGGUUUGAUUGAAUUGCUGCAGGAAGAAUAUCCUGCUUUCUUGUCCCGAAAGGAAUGUGAUGAUGAAAUUGGAGAAAUGAAGGCUUGUGAAAUUAUCAAACUGAUGAGUGGUGCUUUUUUGGAGGAACUAGUUCCAGUCUCUGUUGUUUCACAGGAAAGGGUACCUCUACCAGAUGCACUAGUUCUUAAUGAAAAUCUCAAAGAUUUAGACACAAUUUGUGGUGGUGAUGUUAUGUUGCCCAUGUCCGGACCAUUUUCCCUCGGAAGACCCAAUCUUGUUGAAAAGAAUGAAAGUCAAGUUUUAGAUUGCCAAGAUGAUGAAGAAUAUGAACCAACAAAUCAGUUGAAGUCUCUACUUGCAGAGCAUCGUAAGAGGCAUGGAUUGUAUUACUUAACUUCGCAGACAACACCUGGUGAUAACUACCCUCCUGCCAAUGAUCCUACUAUGGGAGUUACUGGCAAGACUGUGGAACUUAUAAAGCUAACAGAGCAAUCUUUCCUGCCGAAUCGGAAAGCAAAUAAAGCAAAGUCUAGGCCAGUGGUUGUAAGAUUGGAUGAUGUUGAUGGAAUUCUUGUUCCAUCUAAGAAGCACGAGUCAAAAGAGGAUUUAUUAUUGGGGGCAGUUCAAGAAGUUCUUAAAGAGAAUGAUGAUUUCAAAGCAUCUACUUCACGCAGUAAGCCUGCGAAGUUAUCAUCAAACAAGAGAAAAGAUAAGAAUAGGUCUAGCAGAGAUAAGGCAUCAGAACUAGUUGAUAGCUCGGCCAAUAUCAAGACCAAAGAGAAUCUAGAUUUGGGGAAGAGCAAGCGCUGCCUUGGUCACCGUCAAGAGGGGAAAAAUAAAAAUCCGGUGAAGGCCAAAUCCCGCCAUACAACAAAUAUGGCUACAUCUGUUGAAGCUCAAUCAUCUGUUAUUACUGAUCAUCUCUUGUAGCAUUGGGAGGUCACAUUCCCAUGGGUAUAGACAAAAACUGAAAAAUUAUUAUUCAAAGCUGAGCACUGUACAUUCAUCAGCAAUCUUUUAUUCUUGCUUUUCAGUAAGUAGAUCAUGCGGUUUUGUUGAGCAGCUUUACACUAUGUUUGG